GGCAAGCUGCCGACAGAGCUAAUGCUCACCUAGUGCAGAGUGGCUCAAAAGAACUCACUCUGACAGGCAGUGGCUCUCGGGCAGAGGAAGGUUUUCCCCAGCACCUGGGAGCCUUUUUAACUGGCGACCCUAAGGAUCCACCGUGGGGCUUCCUGCAUGCACUCAACUGCUGGGCUUGGAUCCUCGCCCACAUUGCGCUGAAGACGGCAUGCUUGCAAACACUGGUCCUUGAAUAGCCAAGGGGAGAGCACGAGAGAGGCAUGCGGGACUUGGAAAAGUUCAGAGGGCAAGCUUCCAGCGUUAUUGGGCUAUAAAGUAUAUUGCUGGGUGUUCCCUGCUACUCUCAAGGUAUAUAUACACACACAUCUGCUUCCACACUCUGGAUGUGUUCUGCCCAUUGCUACGAACAGAGGAGUUCGGCACUGAGUUCGGAGAGCAGAACAUAGACCAUGAAGAUGAAGACUGAGGAAGAUCAGAAAAGUCAAGGAUCCGGUGACGCCAGGAAGGGGAGAAUGACCCUUGUGCUUGGCCUCGUGACCUUUAUCGCUGCCUUUGGCUCGUCGUUCCAGUAUGGGUACAAUGUCUCUGUGAUCAACUCUCCAUACCAGUUCAUGCAGGAUUUUUACAAUGAAACCUAUGUCCGACGGUAUGGGGAGUACAUGAGUAAGGACCUGAUGACAGCCCUGUGGUCUCUCACGGUGUCUUUUUUUCCCCUCGGAGGCUUCUUCGGGUCUCUUAUGGUGGGCCCCAUGGUGAACACCUGUGGCAGGAAGGGCACUUUACUGAUAAACAACGUCUUCUCCAUCAUCCCUGCCAUCCUAAUGGGAAUCUCCAAAGUGGCUGAGACUUUUGAGGUGAUCAUAGUUUGUCGCAUCAUCAUCGGGAUAUGUGCAGGCCUAUCUUCCAACGUUGUGCCCAUGUAUCUUGGAGAGAUGUCCCCCAAAAACCUCAGGGGAGCCGCGGGUGUCGUGCCACAGCUCUUCAUCACCAUCGGGAUCUUGGUAGCUCAGAUUCUGGGUAUGCGCAUGAUCUUGGGAAGCCCUGAAGGCUGGCCAAUACUGUUGGGAUUAACUGGAGUCCCAGCAGCCCUGCAGCUUCUCUUCUUGCCUUUCUUCCCCGAGAGCCCCAGGUAUCUGCUGAUCCAGAAAGGUGAUGAAGCAAAAGCAAAAGCAGCUUUGCAGCGGCUGAGAGGCUGGGAGGACGUGGAGGAUGAGAUGGAAGAGAUGAGGCUGGAAGAUCAAGCAGAGAAGGCCGAAGGCAAGAUGUCCAUCUUCACCCUUUUCACCUACCGGGGACUUCGAUGGCAACUUAUCUCUAUCAUUGUUAUGAUGAUGGGCCAGCAGCUCUCUGGAGUUAAUGCGGUGUACUACUAUGCUGAUAUAAUCUACGAGAAUGCCGGAGUGCAGAAAGAAAACGUGCAGUUUGUCACUGUAGGAACCGGAGCCGUAAACGUGGUCAUGACGAUGUUGGCGGUUUACAUUGUGGAGGCUCUGGGGCGGAGGAUCCUUCUUCUAGCCGGUUUUGGAAUCUGCUGCGUGGCCUGUGCAGUAUUAACUGUGGCUCUGAAUCUCAAGAGCAUCUCAGGGAUGCCUUAUGUCAGCAUCGCCUGCGUCAUCUCUUACGUUACUGGCCACGCCAUUGGAGCAAGCGCGGUUCCAAGCGUGAUGAUCAUAGAGAUGUUCUUACAGUCCUCUCGCCCUGCCGCAUUCAUGGUGGGAGGGUCCGUUCACUGGCUCUCCAAUUUCACAGUCGGGCUGGUCUUCAGUUACAUGGAGAAGGGGCUGGGGCCCUACUGCUUCCUGGUAUUCUGUGGCAUUUGCUUGGCCACAGUCAUUUACAUCUUCAUCAUCGUCCCUGAGACUAAGAACAAAACCUUUAUGGAAAUCAACCAGAGCAUGGCCAAGAGGAAUGGCAUUGAUGUGCAGGCCGACAAAGAGGAACUAAAGGAUUUCACAGCCGUUUCUGUGCCUUACAGCAAGAAGAACGAGGCAGAAAGGAACAGCGCACUUUAAGAUGGUUCUGGUGUUAUCCAGGAUUGGCUACGGUUCCUUCUCCUUCUGGGACCAAGUCUUGAUGGCACUCACCAUUCUCAUCUGGCUUUUUCCAUGCUGCAGAUUACCAUCUCUCCACAUCCUUACUGCACCUUCUCAAUAAGGGCAAAAACUCAUGCAAGGGGCACUGGCCUUGCUUCCGGUGUCCCAUAUUUUGCCAUCAGUGGAGAUGCCACAACUGGAAAAGAUGUUUUUUUAAAAGCAGGCGAUGCUUUGGAAAAAUAGUACAGAGCUUAUCCCUGUUUCUGAAAUGUUCUUUUCCAAGAAAAGAACAAUGAGGCAGGAAGAUAAUGUUGGCAAAGUGAUUUGCUAGCAACUGAACAUUUAAGAAACUGUUCUGUGAACCUGAAAGGCAACCACUGGACAGCUUUAAAUAUGCCAUCCUUGAUUCCCUGUACGGUUGGGCCAAAAUGCUUUCUGGAGUAUACUUAGAUAUUAAAUGCCCAGCCUGAUACACUUUCCUUAUGCGACAGUAGAAUGUCAGGAAAGAUGAAUGGCUGGCUCUUCUAUUUCCACAUCCCCAUAGAUGGAAACAUAAAGCAGUCCCUCUGUGGAGGAAACCAGUGCUUCACUUUGAAAGAAGCACCAAAAGACUCUCUGUUUCAUUUUGGAAACAUGACACGCAAUGCCACUGUGCCCUAAGGGCAAAAGACACAGGGUGUUAUGUGUGCUGAUAUAGCAUUCCUUUUAAAAAAAUAUUGAGAUUUGAUAACGUGAGGGAUAGCAAAGAAACUUGUUGCAGAAAAAGCAUUUGACCAGCUAGAUUUGGAGCAACAAAUGUUUAACAAUUUGUGCAUCAUGAAGAAAUAGGUGCAUUACAGGGUUUGGUGUAAGGUUUCUCCCCCCCACCCCACCAGCACAACGCACAAAGGGCAUCUGUACUGCAAGCUAUAAUUCUUUUACUGCAUUUCUCCCUGUGCCAAGGGUGUCUCUUGUUUCCCUCUUUUAAUUCCAUAUAGAGGGCAUGGAGUAUCUGACAAUUUAUUCAUUCCACUAGUGAAAGCACUGCAAAUGGAAACUGCCCGAUGACUGGUCUGAAAUGUUCUCACGUGAUGAGAUGAACUGGAAUAAUUCUGAAGAUUUUGCUAGUGAGACGGGGAUACAGAAGAUGCCAGAUGUUCUGGCCCAUAAAUAGCUCAGCUAUUUAACGGGCAACAGAGUCUGUUACAGCAUGGGGCUUAAGCUCAGCAUCCAUUAUAAUUAAAACAAUAUGACACUCCAGUGUUCUGGGCUCGGCCUAACUUAAGAGGCACAGCCUGAGAACGCUAGAAGUUGGCAUACCUCAAAUCUAUUAUACUUCUAUUACAACUCUUCUAACCAAGCAACCAUCUUACUCAGAAAGUUUGAGAUUUCAGUACCUGCUUUUCCGUUCAUGUUGGCUUUUUCUGCUGGGCUUUGGACCAAACAAUGGAUGUUAAGGAAACACUUAAAAAUAGGGUGACGCCUUGCUGGAACCAUGAUGUUACUUUAAUGCAAAGCAUUGCACUAAAUAACUUUUCACACUCCCAGCUCACGUGCUUCACAGUGCAAUCCCAAGGACACUUCCCCAGAUAGAAGCCUGGAUAGAAGCCUGAUUAGAUCUGCUUAGGACUGGUAGAAGGAUGGGUUUUUUUCACCCUGUCGGUACUUGCUUGAGGAUGAGCAGAGAUUUUAAUACACGAUAGCUAUUGUGAGUUUGGAACUGGAUAUGUGGGAAGGAGGACUUUUUUUUCCAGGAUGAAAGGUGGGGGGUGAUCUUAUAUCUGUAUAUUGUGCAUGCCCUGUUCAAAUCAGGAAUGACAGUUUGCUGCUACGCAUUGUUAGAAACUGUGGUUUCUCUGAAAUGAUGAUGAAAGCUCUUUGCAUGUGGUUCACUACACGCAUGCAAUGUUAUUGAUGUUGCAGUCACUCCAUGAGUGCAAGCGUAUGAAUGUGUUUUUAGGCAGCAAGGCUCCAAGAAGAAAAUUAGGUUUUCAGGGAGAAAGAUUCUUACCUAGCUUUCUUCCUGACAUGGUAGUCUUCUGUGUGCGGAGAAAAUUUUUGUAUUGAGGAGUAUUCCAUCAUGUAGCCUGCCCCCCUCACACACACACAUAGCCUGAAGUGGUAUAGGCCAGGCAGAAGUUUACCACCUUACUGAGAACUAGUCCAGAAUGGGCCCUUUCUGCCUCUGUGGGCCAAGGGCAACCUUAAAUGACUCUAUGGUAUCAUCCAGGCUUUUUCAUUGAGUAGGGGUGAUUAGGAAGUUUUGAAUGGUUGAGGUGGACUCCCUAAAUUGCUUUCAGUCCAAGGAAAUGACAUUUUCAGUUUUGUUACUGGUUUGCGCAUUGUCGGUUUGCUUUUCCCUUUCCAAACUGAGUGGCUUGUUUGGUCUUAAUAUCACUACACAUGCGGUGGUGGGAAGUGCCCUCAAGUCAGAGCUGACUUAUGGCGACCCCUGGUGGGGUUUUCAUGGCAAGAGACAAACAGAGGUGGUUUGCCAUUGCCUGCCUCUGCAACUUUGGUCUUCGCUGGAGGUCUCCCAUCCAAUUACUAAUCAAGUCCAAUCCUGCUUAGCUUCUGAGAUCUGACAAGAUCCGGCUUGCCUGGGCUACCCAGCUCAGGGCAUUACUAGACAGAUACAGACACAUUUAUGAUCGAAUCACAAUCAUGACUGGUCUUAGUACUUUAGAUAUUUUUAAAAACAAAACAGUAUUUGUGUACGAGCGAGAGAAAGAGCUAGGCUGAGAGACAAACAAAGGGAGAACACUAUAAAUAUCUUGGAAUGGAUUUGUGUGUGUUUCUUUUUGAUUUUUGUCCCCUUGCAGGGGAGAAUGUAUUUUGUACAGAUGAAUGAUCAUUGUGUAUUUUUGUAAGUGUAACAGAAACAAAUAAAAGCCAUUU